AUGAACAUUCAAAAAUGUAAUGAACAGAAAGCUUCAGGUGAUCGACACAUCAAGUUAGAGUGUACACAGUGGAAGUUUCAGCAUCCAAUUCCUCCAAAACCCCCGGAUAUCCAGAAAAACUUUGCUUCUCUUUUCAAGGAACCCUCGGUCUCCGCGAACAUUGGGAACGUGGAGUCUUCUCGUUUUGAUAAAAAUUCUGGAAAAAACCUUUUGUCUUCAGCAUGGUUCAUGUGUAAUCGGUCUUCUGUACCUCCGACUUUACCUCUGGUAUCUCAAUCUAUUCUUUUUCCCCAAAUUUCUCAAGAACCCGAUGUUUCUCACAGAUCAUCAAACCCGCCGAUUUCUCGAUCUUCUUCUCUUCCUCUAAUAAACUUUUUCGGCCAAGAUUCAUCAGGGAUUCAGUAUCCUUUCUCGAUUCAGAACUCUCUGGUUCCUCAAACUUCUACAGAUCCUCAUUUCUCUGUUCCACGACAAUCUUCGAUCGUGAAUGUUCCUUCGGCUGAUUCUAGUAACUCAUCUCUGGGGAAUGGUUUGUUAACUUCGGCUGGGAUUCCCAAACCAGCGAAGAGGGUUGUUUACAACAAUGGUGAACCCGGAAUGUAUUGGACUUCUGAAGAAACCUUAGAGUUGUCGAAGGGUUUCAGUCAAACUCUAAUUGGGAAAUGUGCAUAUGGCAAACCUUCACUAGGGGGGCAUGAUGGAAAUACUUGUUGGAAGAAGAGGAUUGUAAAAGGGGAUGAGGAGAAAGGGAGUGGGCAGAAUGUGGAGGUAAACCUGCAAAAAGAGGUCAACAUUCAGAAUGGAGUGGAUCAUGUGGUGACUAAUAUUGCUGAUAAAAGGAAAGGAAUUGUACAGAUUAUGCCAGGAGGAAAUCAGAAACAAGUUUAUAAAAGAAAGGAGGUUGUUCAUAAGCCAGAGAAUGGAAAUAGAUUUAGUGCUCUGGCUUUGGAUGAACAGAGUCAUGUUGUGGAAAAUGGAGAACAUCUUAUUGAGCCAGCUGUACAAACUAGGGAAAAAAGUUGUUCGCAUGAAGUAGAAGAGGAAACCUCAGAUGUUUCUGGUAGAGGAAAUGUGGAAAUUGAAGGGGUGGAUAAAUUGAAUGAUCGGAUUACAACAAUGAAUGUUGCUAUUGAAGUUGAUCAAGGUUCUAAAAUGCAGAUGAGAAUGUCAAAAUCAGGGGAAGAUACAGUAAAUGCUUCUUUAGUUGUGAGGGGGGUGCAAGAGUUUGACUCUUGUGAGGAGAUUAGAGAUCCAGAUUUACCUGAAUGUCAGGGGGUAGAAGGAGAGGUAUCAGUUACGAUAAUGGGGAAGGGGAGUAGGGAUGAUUGUGUAUUGUUAGUUGAAAGAGAAAUCUCUUUUCAUGUAAACGAGAAGUCUUCUUCUUUUACUGGAAAUGAGGGAGGAAAAAGUGGGAAGAUGAGAGAAAAGGAGAUAGGGGAGGGAAUAGGUGAGAUCGUGUGUUGUUUAAACAAGCAAGCAUCUCUAUCCUCAGAUUCUUCUUUUUUUGUGGAUAGACAUUAUGAUGUUAGACAGUUGCUGCAAGUAUCUCAGGAUGAUAAUGAUGGUUUGGUAAAAGGUAAAGAGCUACUUGAGAAAAGGGUUUUUAUCUGA